AUGGGGAUAACUUCCGAUGUGUUUGAAUUGGUAAUGAUGGUAGACGCUGACACCAAGGUUUCCGAGUCGUCGCUAGCUUACCUUGUUUCAGCCAUGAAAAAAGAUCCCAUGAUAAUGGGUUGUUGUGGUGAAACUAGGAUAGCAAACAAAACUAGUAGUUGGGUAUCAGCUAUACAAGUUUUCGAGUAUUAUGUAUCACAUCAUUAUGGUAAAGCGUUUGAAGCAGUAUUCGGUGGUGUCACUUGUCUACCAGGUUGCUUCAGCAUGUUUAGGCUUAAAGCUCCAAAAGAUGGUGUUUGGAUACCUAUAAUAAGUAGCCCACACUUAGUUGCCGAGUAUCAACAAAACUCUGUUAUAACUUUACACGAAAAGAAUCUUUUGUUACUAGGAGAAGAUCGAUAUUUGUCUACCCUGAUGUUCAAAAGCUUUCCUCAUCGAAAAAUGAUGUUCAUUCCACAAGCAGUAUGUUAUACCAUUGUACCAGACACCAUGAAGGUAUUGAUGUCUCAACGACGUAGAUGGAUAAAUUCCACAGUUCAUAAUCUAUUGGAAUUGUUAUUUGUUAGUGAUUUGUGUGGUAUUGCUUGUUUGUCGAUGCAAUUUAUAGUUUUUUUGGAAUUGAUCGGUACUGCUAUGUUACCAAGUGCGAUACUGUAUUCAUUCUUCAUAAUUUUUAAUGCUUUAAUAGCGGAAAAAAUUGACAUCUUUGUAGUUAUAUUGGUGGCUUUGAUUAUUGGAUUGCCAGGUUUGUUAAUUAUAAUAACAGCACAAAAGAUUGUCUAUAUCGGUUGGAUGUUUGUUUAUGCAUAUUGGCAUUUCGAUGAUUUUUCAUGGGGCGAAACUCGUAAAGUUUCCGAGGAGAAAAUUUCUGAGGAGUCGACUAAUAAUAAAGGAUUUUUUGAUCAAA